GGAGGAGCUUGAUGACGUUGCAUGCGGAAGUAUGAAGGCCAGCGAAGAGGAUUCCACGAAAUCUCUGUUAAAAGAUGAGUGUUAUGCGGAUUUCCUGUCAGAAGGGUUCGACGCGAAGACGUUCACGGCGCAGGUGAUCCAUCACGCGCUGAUGUGUGAGCAGCUGGCCGUGCUGCAGCAGGGCAUCAGCCAGCUGGACAAGGAGCUGCACGUCCAGGUUGUGGAGAGACAUGAAGACCUACUGGCUCAGGCAACAGGGAUCGAGUCUCUUGAAGGAGUUCUUCAGAUGAUGCAGAUCAGGAUCAGUACUCUGCAGGCUGCUGUGGACAGGAUAAGAACAAAGAUUGUUGAUCCUUAUAACAAGAUCGUUGCCAGGACGACCCAGUUGGCCAGACUGCAGGUGGCCUGUGACCUGCUGCGGAGAAUCAUUCGCAUCUUGUAUCUCAGCAAGAGGCUGCAGGGGCAGCUGCAGGGGGGCAUCAGGGAGAUCACCAAGGCUGCUCAAAGCCUCAAUGAACUGGGUAGGCCUAUUCAUAUUUCAUAUCCACAUUCUUCAGAGGCUGUGGCUUUCACAGUAACACAGCUGUUUAACUCUUAA